AUGGACUUCGCCUCGCCCAACGAGUCGGACGUGGACAUGAUGCACGACGACUCGAUGCUCCACGUGAACCUCGCGGCCCAGUACAGCCACCACCACCACCACCAGCAGCAGCAGCAGCAGCAACACCACCACCAACAUCGAUCCCAGUCGUCUCAAUCCCAGUCGUCCCAAUCCCAGUCGUCCCAACCCCAGGCGUCCCACUUGCAACCUCCGUCCCAGCAGCGGUCGCUCCAUCUCCACGGGUCCCUCCCCACUUCCGACCCGCACUCGGUCUUCCCCGGCGUCUACGUGCCUGGCCUCAACCACAUGGACCCGCAGCCGCAACAGGGCGACGCCAUGGAGGAGUACGCGCGGCUCAUGGGCAUUAAAGUGGAGAGCGACGACCCCCACGUCGUCCCCAACGGCAGCGCGUUCACGAACAUGGCCAAGAUCCAAGCGAACGCCGCGUACUUUGAGAACCUCAUGAGCGCGCGCGACCGCAACGAGGCCAUGGACGACGGUACCAACAUCACGUCCAUGACGCUGCCGGCGGGCAUUGGCAGUGGCUUGAACGGCCAGUUUAUGGCCGCCCCUGGAAGCGUCCUGGCGCCCACGCCCCCGCUCUUUAGUGCCACGUCCGAGCUGGCGUUCCAGGAGAGCAGUUCGCGGCUCUAUGACCCGUCGUCGUCGGGCUUCUCGGGGCAUACCGCGCCACUGCCGUUUCACAAGGGCCCUCAAGUCCGACCGAGUAUGUUGCCGCCGGAUCUCGUGGGCUCGCAGACGCUGCCGCCCGAGAUCAUCUCGGCUAUGAUCAAGAACAACCCGUCGCACAACUUUGACAACUUGAGUGAGGACGAGAAGCAGGCGCUGAUCAAGGAGGAAAAGUCGCGGGAGCGCAAUCGCGACCACUCGCGCAAGUCGCGGCUGCGUAAAAAGGAGUUUGUCGAGUCGCUCAAGCACGAAGUCGGACAGCUCCAAGUGUACCAGCAGAUUUGCGAACAAUGUAUGGACUGCAUUGCGCUCGUGGUGGCCGAGGCGUCGGCGGUUUUUCUCUACUCGAGUGCUGCCUACACGCGCGUGCUGGGAUACCAGAACCACCAGAUUGUGCCUGGUCAGACGAGCUUCUUGGACAUGGUGCAUCCGAGCAAUGUGCAGGAAGUUCGCGCGGUGUUUACGAAGCUCAAUACGCUUGGCGAGACCCACAGAUUCAAGUUCCGGAUAAAGUCAAUGGAUGGCGAGUACUUCAACGCGGAGACGUCGGCGCGCAUGGCAGAGAAGGGUGUUGUGUGUUCGACGCGUGUGAACCGCGACAUGUAA